UUAUCGGCGUCAAAAGGGCGACCUCUGACGUGAGAGCUUCUGUCUGAGGAGCCGCCAUCUUGACGACUGCAUCUGUUGACACCGGAGAGUCGACAGACAGAAACAAGCCUUAACAGUGAUGAUAGACUGAACUUACGUAGAUUUUAGUAGGAUACACAGUCAUCAUACGUAAUUCCUUCAACAGCAACUCCAACUCAGCAGUUUCUGGUUAAAGUUACGAUCCCAUAUUAAUCACCAUGGCAUACAGAAGAUUACUUGAACUACAGGAGUCCCAUCAGUUGUUCCGCGCCCCCUCCCCUCCCCCCGACCCUAACACAGUCAACAAGGUACUACUGGCUCUGGAGCGAGAAACCCGCAACCUUCAGCAGGAGGCAAGUCAGGACCGAGAAGUCAGGCGCCACAGACCACAGAGGCCUCCUGUUAACAACAAGAACAGGUACUCAAGAACCUCACCCACAGACGAGGAGCGCCAUAGAGCCUUGGACCAGCACGCUGAACGAUUGUACCACCGCAAACUGCAGACCCAGAUGUUUGGGGAGGACCUCAGCACAUCCAAGCUGCCGACCAAGAAGCAAGGUAAGAAAGUCCGCGCACAGGAGAAGCUCCAACAAAUCAAGGAGGAGCACCUCAACACCGUGCCAUACAGGCAUGAACACCAGCGGCUCCGAAUGGCGCGCACCACGGCCAUGUUCGGCAAGGACUUGUCUAGGAAGUCUUCAACCCGUAGAGCACCUGCACAGCCCAGCCUGGUUGGAGUACAGAGUUCUGAGGGAAUGAUGGGAGAGGAGAGAAGGCAGUACCGGAUGUAUCCUGACGACGAUGAAGAAACCGUCUACGUAACGCUGGAAGAGCGCCGCCCUCACAGAAGGAAGCAAACAGCUGCCACGGACUCCGAGAAAACCGCCACAAAGCUGCCAUCCCUGACUCCACAGCGCCACAGUCUGACUGGCAAGAGAACUGCAGCAGACACCACCGUCUCUGACCGCCCCCUGCUGAUGAAGGACCCAAAACCUCCAGUUGCCGCAAAGUCUGACAACAACAUGGCAGCAGAGAAGCUGAAUACCAAGAAGCGAGCAUCCCACCGCAGGACGAGAGACAGCCGGGCCCUGAAGCGGCGCUGUGAGAGUCCCAGCGGCCCCGUGCGCAGCAAACACUAAGUCCUCAGGUUGCCCUGACAUCCCUCAUAGUGUACAUGUAUGUGGUGGUUCAUAAACACUGUACAACUCACGGAUGGUAACAUUGCAAGGAAACCCCUAGAAAAGUCCAUUUCCCUUGGUUGGUCAAAACUCUUCCUC